AUGCGAGAAGCGGCUUGUGACUUUUUUCCGGACUUCGACGCUCACAACCACAUCGACGGCAGCUGCCCCAAAGAGUGGGUGGCAGAGCGGCACACCUACCACGCCAUGGCCUUCCUUUCCAGGGCUUACAACUUUCAGUGGAGCAGAUGGAACAUCUCGGCGGGUAGUCGCAAUAUUGUCAUGCAAAUACGGGAAGCCGUUGACAGAAAGAGAGAGGCAAAAUUCCAACUACUCCACGCAACACCACAACGCGCUACCAUACUUAUAUGUAACGAGCUGUCGCAAGAACUCAACCUGGAGCCUUUAGCUGGUCUUCAGUUCUACCCGGACUUGUUCACGCUUAACAUGUCCUACGGGUCGGUAGACGCGCGUCGAGCAGCUUUUAGUAUGAAAUAUAAACUCGUUGAGACAGUGUUCAGUAUGCUGCAAGAGCUAAAAUUGUGCAGUUAUUCAUAA